CGGUAGGAUGUUAGUAUGGCGGAAUGGUGGGCGGCCGGUGUUGCUGCUUCGAGGAUGAAAGUUGCAUAUAUAGAAAGAAUUCAGAUCCGAGUAGUCACAAGUCACGGAUCUUGGAUCAGGCGCCAGGUUGGAACCGUGUCCGUUAAAACUUCCCCUGACACAAUAAUGACGAUAAGAUUCUUGUUGCUAAUGGCCAUUGGAUUUAUUAGCUGCGGUUUGGCAAAGCAUCAUAGAGACAUUGGUUUUCUAAAUCACGUUCAACUGGUGCAUCAAUUUCGCUGUUCGUUGCCACAGCCUAGAGCUGUUCCUGUAGAAGAACUUCUCAGUGUGGGUCCUUCUCCGGAUGAAAUAUUUUAUCCUGCUUCUACGGUUCUUGCGCGAUGUGGAGAUUCGGGAUGCUGUCCAAAUGCAAGCCAAGUCUGUGCUCCCAUAGAGACCAGGAACGUCAGUCUUGUUUUUAUGGUGAAACACUUGAUCGAUCGACAACGGGAUCGUCACCACGAAAUCAUCCACGCUCUGGAGCACACCAGGUGCGGCUGCGUAGACUCCAAUGAUGCCGCGCUAAAUUAAAGGCUACCUUUCGUAGAACGAGCUAUUCUCUCGAAAACCUCAUUUCAAAGUAGCUAACGAUGCAUCUUAAUAGUUUCUUAGUACAGAGGAAGAUAAUAUUGUGCGCACAAACUGCCUUCGACUAUCACUAGUAAUCGUCAACAGAGUCUGAUCUCAAAUUAAUCAUUUAAUUGUAGUAUUCAUAAGUGGAAUGAUCCAUAAACACGUAGAUUUAAAAAAUAGAAUUAUCAAUAUGUAUUAUAAGCUUUGAUUAUAGACAAAUAAUUAUUUUUUAAGAAGCUUAGAAUAUCCUAAUCAUUAAUAUUCAAUACAGAGAAUCGGUAUUCGUGUCUGUGAUAUUCUGUAAUACGUAUCGUCAUCACGCAUCGUAUGUUUCAUUUGUUUUAAAUCAUUAAUCGAAUACAGAUCACUCUUACUAUUUAAA